GCACCAAAACAUGUUGAAGUAGUUGGAUAUGCCAAACUACUUCUUUUCUCCUACUAUAUGUAUAGGCAUGAAAAUGAGAUUAGCAGAUCAGAGCAAGCUUUCAAUUGUAAGAAUGGCAGAGGGAGAAUUGGGCGUAACCCAAGCAGGGAAACAAGUGCAGAAGGUUUCAAUACCAUUUCUUUGGGAAGAAAAGCCAGGGACACCCAAGAAAGGGUGGAAGCGUGAGAAUGUACCGGAAACUGCUGGUUUGCCUCCGUUGAAGCUCAUCACUUCUGUUCCAUUUGGGUGGGAAGAAGAACCUGGAAAGUGUUGGGGUAUAUAUUUAAAAACAUCGAUGUCAUCUCCAUUUACAAUACGUUCGAAGUUGAGCAAUGUUUUCCGGAGGAGAGGAAGUCGCAGAGGUGAUAAUGAACGCGAAUAUGAAGACGAGGAAGAGAGUGGCGAUGAACAAGAAAUGUUCAUUUCUUCACCUUCUCUCAUACCAAAUGGCCUAAUAUCAACUGUUCCGAACUUUAAUCCGUUUCCAGUGGAUCAAGCAAAGGUGAAUGCAUAUUCUACAUCGACAGAGGAGGAUAGUGAAGAGCUCGAUGAGAACACUUCGACAGUUUCCGAAACAGAAAGUGAUUUGAGUAGCUAUGCAACUGAAAGUACAAGUCUCAUUGGAGAUUCUUUCCUGGACAGCCUCUUCCCAGUGUAUUCACAAGAUUCUGGUGUCCUAGACAAGGUUGGCAAUCAUGAGAAGAAAUCUUCUGUUACUUUCUCGGAUCAGAAAAUUAUUAUUGGGUUUCAAAGCAAAACUGAUAACAGCAUUGUCGCGAGAAGAACCUUAACACUUCAACAGUUGAUAGAGAUGAGCCGCAAAUUAAGCUGCCGGAGGAAAGAAGUUCAGAUGAGUAAACGCGACAUUCCUAUGGUUUCUACGUAUUUUUCCACCUUAGUUCUUCUUGAAUCGAGCAUGUCCAAUUCAGCAAUUCCUGAAUCUGAGACUUCUGCUUCAUCCCAUUGUACCCCACUGGCCGCUGCAAUUCUUGCGGAGGGAACCUUGAUUUCGGAUGGGAGAAUGGCAUCAACGGCGUAG